UGGGGACUGACAGGUGUUUCAAGAGCUCCUGUAGAAUAAGGUUCUAAUCAUUACUCAGACCGUGAACACAUGGUUAUAUUUGAACAGGACCGGCCAUAAGGUUGGCGUUGAAAAGAUGUGCAUGAUUCCAGUGGGGAUAACUAAUUAAGUGAUAGUCUCUCAUUCUGUCUGUUCUCGUGCUGAAUAUAGUCGGGCAGUGGCCCCUACGGGCUACCAUCUGUAAAACAAAGCUGAUGCUGCUCUGCAAAGCCAUACUGUAUUUUGCUGUUGUUGUAAGGGCUGAGAAGUCAGACUCCCUUUUUUUUGCGCUGCGCCACAGAAUACAAAUGAGUUUCCGUAAACUGUGCUGCAAAUAAUGAGUGACUCAGGGAGACAUGCUGCAGGUCAUGUGUGAAGACACCCAUGCGCACGUACGCAGACACACGUUCCCAGCGCAUAAUGACACAAACAUACACACCCGUUUACAGACACAACAAGAAGGCACUCACGCACAGUUGACACGUCUAACCUACCUCCUCAAUUUCACCCGCUACUCUUCUGGGAAACACUCUAUCUGGCCACUGACCAAUUAUUUCGUCGUUUGAGUUGAUUUUUUUAGCCCUUUAACUUCUGCCGGAGCAGUUCAGGAAAUGCAGUCGGAGUUUUCCUCGGAUCGUGGGAUGUGAGCGUCGUUGUGUCUGCGGGUGACAGAGAGGGGGAAGGGGGGCGCUCUGCUCUGCUCAGUGCAGGGCGCAGGAGACAGUCGCUCUCCAAGGUGCUGAAAGUCGGAGCGCUCUCCCUCCUCCUCAGUCUCGCCUGCUGACGAUGAAUGCGACCUCUGCCGAAAACCGAAAAUCAAACAAUGAUUGGCUUCAAUCCCGUUUGGUUUGAUUUUUUAUACUCUAACUUCUGCCCUUCUGGAUUUUUAUUUUUCAUGCAACCGCUGGAUGUAUACACACACAUAUGUGCAACAAGACUGACUGCUGCUUUCUAAUAUUCACCUGCUUCAUUGGGAAAUAUUGAAUUGACUCCGGAUUCUCAGGGAACGCUAUAGAGGAUUUUUUUUCUAGCUGUUUUUCUCGGUAUCUGUCUCUCUCUCUCUCUCUCUCUCUCCCUCCGUACCGCAUGCCUUCGGACGUGAACUGUGAUAUUGUCUCAAAAAGGUGAGUCCCGACGAGGAUAAUCAUGAAGCAGACCUACUUUUAUGAGGAUAUCAUUUUCUUUGCACUGGAAAGGGGGAACCAUACCUCCAAAAGGCUUGUGUUUAAUUGCUUUUAAACCCAUCAUCACGACCGAGAGGGAGGAUUAUAGUGUCUUGUGGAGUCUGGUGAAUUUACCCAGUGGAUAAAGUGAAGUUUCCAAUAGACUAGGCGGCUAUCUUUAAUCUGCUCUAGCCCUCUAUGUGUUCGGCUCUCUGGCUUCACACUAAGUGGAUAUCAAGCAAUUCCAACGCGCCAAUUUCCUCAAGUGAUGAUGAUGAUGAUAAUGAAGCACAGGACGGAUCCGGAGAGGAUACCAGGAGCCUAGGGAUGACAUCCACACAAUCUUGUUGAAUGUGGAUAUCGAUGGCACGGCGUAGGAUGGGCCCUCUGCUCUCGGCCGCCUUCAUCCUCCUGCUGGCCCUGAGCGCCGUGUCUCCGGCCUCGGUGGGUAACCCCGAGGAUUACGCGGCGGACGAGGCGGAGCGGACCGCCAGCGAAAACAUCGUCUUCGAUGACUAUCGGGGGAAAGGAUGCGUGGAUGACAGUGGCUUCGUCUACAAACUCGGGGAGCGCUUCUAUCCGGGACACUCGAACUGUCCGUGCGUGUGCACGGAGGACGGGCCUGUGUGUGACCAGCCCGAGUGCCCCAAACUGCACCCCAAGUGCACCAAAGUGGAGCACAAUGGAUGCUGCCCCGAGUGCAAGGAGGUUAAAAACUUUUGCGAGUACCGGGGGAAAACGUAUAAAAUACUGGAAGAAUUCAAGGUGUUUCACCUACAGGGUUCCCCAUCAGAUGAGGAAGGGACCAUUCCGCCCAGCAUGGCUGCCGGCGUGCCUCUGGCCUCAGCACAGCUGCAAUCAAGAACCAGGAGAUAUAGGCCGUCACCCUGUGAAUGGUGCCGCUGCGAACCAAAUAAUGAGGUGCACUGUGUGGUGUCCGACUGCGCCGUCCCAGAGUGUGUCAACCCUGUGUACGAGCCGGAGCAAUGCUGCCCCAUCUGUAAAAACGGUCCAAAUUGCUUUGCUGGAACGACGAUCAUCCCAGCCGGAAUUGAAGUUAAGGUGGACGACUGCACCAUCUGCCGCUGCCACAAUGGAGACUGGUGGAAGCCAGCGCAGUGCUUGCGGCGGGAGUGCCUCAACGGCCAAUAGUUGUCAUAGAGAGACUCCACCGGGGAUGGAGGAAAAGCUCAGGCAAGGCCCUGCCUACUGCACCAUUUUGUAUGAUUGACAGGGCAGGAGCACAAUUCCUAAGCAACCUGAGACAGCAUUGUAUCGAAGAGAUGCUCUCACAAGCUUCACACAAAUACAAAUUUAGCCACUGGGAAGAAGACAGGACUUGUCUCAUGGCUGUUUUCACCCUCCAGUUUUAAUUGUCCUAUAUAUUUUCAAAAGUUGAUUUGCUUGACUUGCUGCUCUCACAUGAAAAGUUUCUAAGCUCCUUGAACUCUUUCCUAACAAUUGGCAAUGUUGAAUUGCUCAUGUUGAUUUCUGUAUGUAUGUCAUCUGCUUGUUGUACCCGUCUAUCACAAUCACGCAGGUGUUGUAAAAUUCCAACAGCAGGAAAAACAAACUGUAAGCACACUUAACGGCGCUUUUUUUGUCAUACGAAGAUACAGACCGGUGGAAGCACUGCAAUCGUGUGCUUCAGUUUCACAACUUCACUCUAAGAGCUUGUUUACAAGGUGCACAUCACACAUAAAUGUUUGUGUCUUCAUAAGACUUAAAUACUUUUUAUUGCUAUGGCAGGAACUCACCUCUACACUUAGAUGAUGCUACUGUCAAUUUUAUAAAACUGCUAUAAAACUCCAAAACGCUGAGUUUAUUGAUCAUCACACCAUGGUUUUCAGUCUUGUCUCUAUAUAGUAG